AUGCCCCAUGCAUUUGACUUCAAUAAGCAUCAGUACCUUGUCGGUUUUUACCCAUUUCAUUUACACACGCUUUUUUCAGCAGGACUCGGCACAGAGGUGUACAUGACACCACAACCAAACUCAGCAAAAACGGCACAAGAGCAAGUCGACGAAAUGUACAACUAUCUGACCACAUCGGGAAUCAAAUUAUUGACUGUUUGGAUUCAGGUGACAUCACCAAUUAACUGGUUCACCAGCAUCACAGCAAACGUUAAUUUUAUUGACAGCAUUGUGACUAGAGCUCAGCACUAUGGGCUCAAUGUCGGCAUCUACACCAAUUACUACGACUGGAACCAAAUAACGAGUGGCUUGAUUCUGGAUGAUACAAUGUUGUGGUACUGGAACGUAUACGGCCCCGGAGUAACUGGCGAAAGUCCAAGCGAUUUCAGCGACUUUCAUUCUUUUGCUGGAUGGUAUACUCCAAUUGUGAAACAGUUUGGCCAGGUUGAGUCCGUCUGUGCUGUAACUGUGAACAGGGAUGUCUAUGCGACAUCUUCACUAAUGGCACCUGUAGGAACGGCUGAGUUCGCGCAAACAAAACAGAUCGUUGUCGGGAUAUUGGGAUUGAAAAACACAACUUCCAUGAGCAAGACAAAAAUUAAACCAUGA